CUCGUUGUUUGACAAAAAGCAUGACAUAUAGAAAUCGUUGUAUGACAGUCGUCACUAAUGGUGAGACGGUUGACACAUGCUGUGUGACAUUUGAGACUAUUUGUGUGACAGUAGGAACUAAAUUGUGACAUUUGAGACUAUUUGUGUGACAGUAGGAACUAAAUUGUGACAUCUGAGACUAUUUGUGUGACAGUAGGAACUAUAUUGUGACAUUUGAGACUAUUUGUGUGACAGUAGGAACUAUAUUGUAACAUUUGAGACUAUUUGUGUGACAGUUGGAACUAAAUUGUGACAUUUGAGACUAUUUGUGUGACAGUAGGAACUAAAUUGUGAUAAUAUUUCUUUCCUCUUUGUGUGACAAAUUGCACUAAAGUGUGACAUUUGGGACUUUUUUUUUUAUUUCCUUAAAUGCUGUCAAUAAAUUGAGAUACUUAGGACUUCUAAUAAUUUUUAAAAAACCAGAUCACAUUCACUGUAAGUUUUUGCUAUCAACUGUUUCGUGCAUGUGUCUUUAGGUGGAUGAAAUAAUUUUCUUACGAUUACAUAAUUCAUUACCACAAUCGCAAACUGUAAGUGACCCACUUGUCCAUCUUCUAGGCACCUGGGCACCAACAUGUCGACCGACCAGGAGAUGACCGAGAUCUCGCGUGUUGACAAACAGCUCAACAUUUAUGUGUCCCCCAUCAUGGUGAUACUUAGCUGGAUAGGCAACGUGCUCAGCAUCAUGAUCCUGAGGAGGAAAGCGUUCCGGUCGAUGCCCAUGUCCGUGUACCUGAGAUUCCUGGCCGUCAUGGACGCCGGCACGGUCGUCACUGGUCUUCUGCCAAGGUUUGUGGUGGCCUUGACAGGUAAGGGCAAUCGAAAACUUUAUUUUUUUUUAUUUUUAUCAUUUAUAUUAACUUCGCUUUUGUUUAGGCGAAAAUCUUCGGACGGCUAAUUGAUCCACUUCCCGUCAAAUUUUGAGCUGAAGCUUGGCACAUAGACUCGUUGCCAAUGACAACAUAUUAUUUCAAAUUCUCAGACCACUAGCCAAAGCCCCAAAAAUCAAGUUUUAUUGUUUUACAAGGGGAAAAGUUAAGAAAAUAUGAUGCCACUUGAUUUCAGGAAAUAAAAUUCCCCCCGAUAACUGCGCUCCAUGGGAUUAUGUUCACAAGAAUAUCUCAACUGCGUGUGGUGAGUAAUAGCUUAUUUUGUUUUUCUGAAACAUUUGGUGAAACCAAAGUGAAACCAACCUGCGAUGUAAAAGCAGGUGGGACUUAGGAAUAUUUAAUAUAAAAUAAAAUAAUAAAAAUUGCCUAUAAAAAACUGAUCUGAAAAGCUUUGUUCUUAUGGGUUGAUUAAUUUGACUCAGAUCAAGAUUUGUAGACAAGGUAUUCAGCUCUAAUUAAAAGUCAUAUUUACAGUCUUAUAAAUAUUGAAUUAAAUUAUAAAAAGUUUUUAAAAAAAACAAGUUUUAAUAUCAAUUAUAUAACGAAGUAUUAAUCAAGCUGUUUUACAUUUAAAAUGAAUUGAAGUUUUAAAAUGUAAUCGUGCUUCUAAAAAAAGUUGGUGGGGUGGGGGUGGGUGGGUGCUGAAGCUUCUAAGCUUCUAGAGGCAUCACGGUGUCUAUAUUGUUAAAGAGUAUUGAAAUAUCUUUGGGCAAUUUAUAUUGCUUUAAAAGUGUCAAUGGCAGAAAGCUUUUGUGAACUAGUUUUUUUUUUCAAUUUUAAAAUCAAUUGAUGAAUUAAUAUUGGUAGGGGGUGGGUGGACUAGUUUAAGAAGAAUUCGACAAUUUUAUUUUAAAAUCCAGGGAUUAAAAAACAAUUUUCUGAAGAAAAAAGUUAGUCAUGCCUCAUGCACCCCCAAGGCCCCUAAUGCCUUCAGCCCAUUACUUGGCCCAGGGGGCCUCAGCAAAUUACUUGGCUCAGGGGGCCUCAGCACAUUACUUGGCCCAGGGGGCCUCAGCAAAUUACUUGGCCCAGGGGGCCUCAGCAUAUUACUUGGCCCAGGAGGUCUCAGCAUAUAACUUGGCCCAGGGGGCCUCAGCAUAUUACUUGGCCCAAGAGGCCUCAGCACAUUACUUGGCCCAGGAGGUCUCAGCACAUUACUUGGCCCAGGGGGUCUCAGCAUAUCACUUUGUCCAAGGUCCCCGAUGCUGUUAAGACGUUCAUGAAUACAAAAAUUCAUUACUUCAAGAUUUCAAUAAUGCUUCAAAAAUAACGAAAUUACGACAUAACAUUAUGGCAAAGCUGCUAAAUUAAAUUAUACCAUCAUCAUAACAUUAUAUUAUUAGACUACUAUAUUUUAAAAUCAAAAUUUUUAUAAGAUUAAAUUAUUUACACAAACUACAUUAUAUCGUUACAAUAUAACAUUAUUAUAGCAUUACAUUUUGACAACAUUUUAACAUUACGUUAUCGUAACAAUAUUUUAUAAACAUGUGUGUUUCUUGUUGUAGGUGAAUAUCUCGAUAACAUUGCCAUAACCAUCUGUAAUCUUAAACCCAACAAACAACUGGAUUUAAGAUUAUUACAUGAUUGUGUCGAUACAAGCUGGGUUUAAGAUUGUAGAUGGUUAUGGCAAUACCAGCUGAGUUUAAGAUUGUAGAUGGUUAUGGCAAUACCAGCUGUGUUUAAGAUUGUAGAUGGUUAUGGCAAUACCAGCUGUGUUUAAGAUUGUAGAUGGUUAUGGCGAUACCAGCUGUGUUUAAGGUUGUAGAUGGUUAUGGCGAUACCAGCUGUGUUUAAGAUUGUAGAUGGUUAUGGCAAUACCAGCUGUGUUUAAGAUUGUAGAUGGUCAUGGCAAUACCAGCUGUGUUUAAGAUUGUAGAUGGUUAUGGCAAUGUCAUGUUUUGUCCACUUGCAGGCUAUGACGUCAGGGGCACCAAUGAGUUGAGCUGCCAGUUCCAGGUCUACACCGUCUACGUCUUCACGGAACUGAGUGCCUGGACCCUGGUCAUCGUGACCACAGAGCGCGUCAUCUCCAUCGUCAGACCCCACAAGGUCAAGCUGCUCUGCACCAAACACACGUCCUACGCCGCCCUCCUCGUCGCCACCAUCUUCCUGGCGGGCGCCAACAUCCCCAUCUUCUUCUUCUUCGGACAAGCUCCUCUGCCCUCGGAGAGCAAGUCCUCGACUGACGUCAUCCAGCAGUACCCAAACAGCGCCGUCACUGGCGGGGGUGCGUUGGUGGCCAAUCGAACCGUUGUGGAAUUCCUGCCAUGUGGAAUCAAGGGAGACAAUCAGUUCAAGCAGACCUGGUUUGUGACUCAUUUCUUAAAGCAGAGUCUUCUCCCCUUUGUCAUUUUGUUUGUUUUCAAUAUUGUUAUCAUCGUCAGUUUGAUCAAGCGCCGGAAUAGUUUCAAGACAAAGUACGCCAAUGACGCAGUCAAAAGCGCAGCCAAUGACGCAGUCAAUGACAGUAAAGAACAUUUAGACGCGCCUGGGAACGCCGACAAAAGCCACGUAGCUCAGAAACGCCCAAACAUGGCGUCCAGAAAAGACACGUCCAUCUGUCUCAUGCUGGUCACCGUCAACGCGGUCUUCCUCAUCUGCAAUUUCCCCAUCGGCAUCUACCAGCAGGUGGAGCCCACCCUCCCGAGGGAGGUGGUCGCCUCCCAUGGCAACACCUUGCUAUACACGUUCCUCGUGUUCAUCUUGUACCUGAACAACACACUCAACUUUGUACUGUACUGUGUGUCCGGGUCGCGGUUUCGGACCGAGUUAUGGAGCAUGUGCCAGUGUCAGAAACAAGUGUAAGACAGACAUUUAUACACAAGUGUAAAACUUUUAUAAACUAGUGUAAAAGAGACAUUUAUUUUGAAGUGUAUACGAAAAUUUGAAUCGGUUGCUGAGAGUAAAGGUUUUAAACAAUAUGUGACAUAGAAUGACGUCAGAAGACAUGACAAGAUUGAGAGACCUAACUGACUAUUAAUUGCAAAUAAAAUACCUGGGAAUUUUCAUCUGACCUUUAAAAAAAGCACUAAUAAAGGAAGCACUAAUAAAGGAAGCACUAAUAAAGGAAGCACUAUAAAGGAAGCACUAUAAAGGAAGCACUAUAAAGGAAGUACUAUAAAGGAAGCACUAAUUAAGGAAGCACUAAUAAAGGAAGCAAUAAUCAAAGAGGAACUAAUAAAGGAAGUACUAAUAUAGGAAGCACUAAUAAAAGAAGAACUAAUGAAGGAAGCAAUACGCUAAUGGAGUGCUGAUUAUGAAAAAACUUAUAAAUGAAGCACUAAUCAAUUUCGCACUAUUCCAGGAAGAAAUUUUCAAAGAAACACUAAUAAAUAAACCACUU